GUGUGUGUAUGUGUGUGUGUGUGUCAGUUAAAGUUCUCUGCAGUUAAUGGGACCUAGUCUAGAGGCUAGCUAAAAGAACAGGAGCAGGGGAUAACUUUUUUUUAACCAGCUGUGACCCUCCAGCGAACACUAACACGCUCCCUCCCCUUUGCACACCUGUACUGCUCUCCCCAGGCAGCGAGAAUUCACCGUCAGAACAUCUCAGAGAAACACUGGGACGGAUCUUAGCAACUGAAAAGGUUAAGUUACUGUGUUACUUGUGCCAACCAUGCAUGUGAUCAUAUCGCUGGCAUUCCUGGUGGCAGCCUCCUGGGCCAAGCCAUUUCAUCAGACGCAGUUCCUUGACUUUAUGCUGGAGGAUGAGGGAUCUGGUUUUCUCCCCGAUAAUGAUGUACCCAGGUGCCCGUUUGGUUGUCAGUGCCAACGAAGAGUGGUACAGUGCUCUGACUUAGGUCUGACCACAGUACCCGAGAACAUUCCCAAAGACACCACACUACUUGACCUGCAGAACAACAAGAUCACAGAGCUGAAAGAAAAUGACUUCAAGAACCUAAAGAAUCUUCAUGCCUUGAUCCUGGUGAACAACAAAAUUGGCAUGGUUCAUCCCAAAGCCUUCGCACCCCUGGUGAAGCUGCAGAGGCUUUACUUGUCCAAGAACCUGCUGAAAGAAAUCCCAGCAAACAUGCCUUCCUCCCUCCACGAGCUUCGCAUCCACGAGAACGAAAUCACCAAAGUGAAGAAGAACGCUUUUGACAACCUGUCGCAGGUGUACGCCUUAGAAAUGGGCAGCAACCCCCUGAAAAAUUCCGGUAUCGACAGUGGUGCCUUUCACGGACUGAAAAAGCUUUCUUUUAUUCGACUAUCGGAUGCAGCCCUCACAGCUGUCCCCAAAGAUCUCCCAAGCUCUUUGUCUGAAAUUCAUCUCGACGGCAACAAAAUCACUCGUGUGAAAACUGAUUCGCUGAAGGGUCUGCACAACUUGGUCAGAUUGGGCUUGAGUUUCAAUGAGAUUGUCGUUGUGGACAAUGGCUCACUGGAUAAUGCACCAUACCUGAGAGAACUUCACAUGGACAACAAUGCACUCACCAAAGUACCUGCCGGCUUGGCUGACCAUCGAUAUAUCCAGGUGGUCUACCUCCAUAACAAUCUCAUCACGGCCGUGGGCGUUAAUGACUUCUGCGGACUCGAUUACUACGCAAAGAAGAACCUGUACUCGGGGAUAAGCCUCUUUAAUAACCCUGUCCCAUACUGGGAGAUCCAGCCAAUUACCUUCCGCUGCGCCACGAACCGUGCAGCCAUCCAGCUCGGCAACUUUAAAUAAAACCUUCCCAGCCUGUGAGAAGGAAAUGUCACAAUCAGUGCUGAGUAUCCCUCGUACACCCCAAGAUUUGCUGAGGAGUGUAAACCUACAGCUGACCAAACAGAAAUGGUGCUACUAAACUAUCUUCAUUACUCCUGAAUAAUUAUAGAAACGAGCAUAUCCACAAGCUUCAUCUUCCAACCGCACACUUAUUUUGUAACGUCUGCGGGCGCAAGCACGUUACAUGAUCUGACUGAACACCGGUCUCCCCCCCCCCCCCCCCCCC